AUGGCCGCCGCGGAACCCAAGCCCCGCGGAUCGGGCGCGGCGCGGCGCCUGGCCCGGGGCUGCUGGUCGGCGUUCUGGGACUACGAGACGCCCAAGGUGAUCGUGGUGAAGGACCGGCACCUGGGCGUCGUGUAUCGCGGGGUGCAGCUGCUCAUCCUGCUCUACUUCGUGUGGUACGUGUUCAUCGUGCAGAAGAGCUACCAGGACAGGGAGACCGGCCCGGAGAGCUCAGUCAUAACCAAGGUCAAGGGCAUCAGCGUUUCUGAGCGCAAAGUGUGGGAUGUAGAGGAGUACGUGAAGCCCCCGGAGGGAGGUAGUGUGUUCAGCAUCAUCACGAGGAUCGAGGUCACUCGUUCCCAGACCCUUGGAACCUGCCCUGAGAGUCUAAGGGUUAGCAAUGCCAGCUGUGACUCAGAGGAGGAUUGUGUGGCUGGGGAGCUGGACAUGCUGGGCAAUGGACUGCGGACCGGGCGCUGUGUGCCCUAUUACUUCGGGUCCUCAAAGACAUGUGAAGUGUCUGCGUGGUGCCCUGUGGAGGACGGAGCCUCUGUCAGCCACUUCCUGGGCAAGAUGGCCCCCAACUUCACUAUCCUCAUCAAGAACAGCAUCCAUUACCCCAAGUUCCGGUUCUCCAAGGGCAACAUCGCCAGCAGGAAGGACAACUACCUGAAACACUGCACCUUUGAUGAGGUUUCUGACCUCUACUGUCCCAUCUUCAAGCUGGGCUUCAUUGUGGAACAAGCAGGGGAGAACUUCUCAGAGCUGGCGCACAAGGGUGGGGUCAUCGGGGUCAUCAUCAACUGGGACUGUGACCUGGACCUGUCAGCAUCCAAGUGCAACCCCAAGUACUCCUUCCGGAGACUAGACCCCAAGCACGUGCCCGCCUCCUCUGGCUACAACUUCAGGUUUGCCAAGUACUUCAAGGUGAACGGCACCACCUCGCGCACGCUCAUCAAGGCCUAUGGAAUCCGCAUCGAUGUCAUUGUACAUGGACAGGCAGGAAAAUUCAGCCUGAUUCCGACUAUCAUCAACCUGGCCACAGCUCUGACGUCGAUUGGGGUGGGCUCCUUUCUGUGUGACUGGAUCCUGCUCACGUUCAUGAACAAGAACAAGGUCUACAGCCACAAGAAGUUUGACAAGGUGUGUCCACCAAGGCAGACCACAGCCAGCUGGCCCAUGACCCUAGCACUGGUGCUAGGUCAGGCCCCUCCCCCUAUGCCACACUGCCCUGAGGGGCCAGUCCCCGAGCCCUCUCCCAGAACCCAGUAG